AAGCCGUUUCCCCGACCUUUUUCCACUUUAACACGCUAAAUAAAUCAAUCGCCAAAUAAACUAGUCAACGGAUGAACAUUAAACAUGUGAUUAGGUAUCGAAUCAGAAUUUAAUAAUCUAAACAUAAGAGUUGUUAAGCAGAUUAAUCAAACAAUCUACCCACUUUUUUUUUUAUUCACUAAAAGUUUCUACUUCGAAUUGUUUCUCUGGUAUCCACCAAAACAAACAUGAUUAACUUACACAAAAUUCAAAUUUUGCAGCUAAUCUUGAUCUCAACUUUAAUCUCUUUUUCUCAAUCACAACCCAAGAUUAUCAAGUCUCUACCUGGUUAUCCUGGCAAUCUACCUUUCACCCUCGAAACCGGAUAUAUAGGGGUUGGAAAAUCAGAGGAAGUGCAAUUAUUCUAUUACUUCAUAGAAUCAGAAAGAAAUGUAGAAGAAGACCCUCUUCUGCUUUGGCUCACUGGAGGUCCUGGUUGCUCUGCUUUCUCUGGCCUUGUUUAUGAAAUUGGUCCACUAACAUUCAAUUACAGUGCUUCUGAUUCAGCUAGCAUACCACAAUUUCAGCUAAAUCCAUAUUCAUGGACAAAGGUAGCUAGCAUUAUAUUUCUAGAUUCUCCGGUUGGCACUGGGUUCUCAUAUGGAACAACCCCAGACGCAUACUACAGUGAUGACAUAUUACAAUCAAAACAUGUAUAUGAAUUUUUGAGAAAGUGGCUUUUGGAACAUUCUAAAUUCAAAACAAAUUCUUUGUACAUAUCAGGAGACUCAUACUCAGGCAAGAUUGUUCCUAUUGUUGUCAACGAGAUUCUAAAUGGGAACAAAAAUAGACUCAUACCGAAAAUGAAUUUGAAUGGAUAUAUACUUGGAAACCCAUUAACAGAUGAUCACGUAAGUAAAAAUGCAGGACCUAAGUACAUGCAUCGUGUAUCACUACUUUCUGAUGAGCUUUAUGAGUCUGCCAAAACAAAUUGCAACAAUGAAUUUACAAAUAUAGAUGCUAACAAUACAAAGUGCUUGAAGUCAGUUCAAGCUAUAUCAGAAGAAAGCGAUCUCAUCUGCUCACCGCAUAUCUUAGAACACAAGUGCACGUUUGUAUCUCCUAAGCCCAAAAAAGAGGUUCCAACACGAAAUCAUACAAACGAUGAUCCUCUAAAUUUUCUCCGUGGCAAACAAAAAUGUCGGAAUACCCAUUAUAUGCCCUCCUACACAUGGGCAAAUGAUAUACAAGUCCAAGAGGCACUUCACAUUCGAGAGGGGAUGGUUGAUUAUUGGGUUAGAUGUAAUCGCAGCUUAUCCAUGUAUACGAACAGUGUUCAAAGCAGUAUAAGCUAUCAUAAAAGUUUCGCAAAAUAUUUUCUUCGAGCAUUGAUAUACAGUGGAGACCAAGAUAAAUCAAUAUCAUAUGUGGACUCACAAGAUUGGAUCAAGCAAUUAGAUCUCUCAACGGACAUGCAUUGGAGACCAUGGUUCGUUGAUGGACAAGUAGCAGGAUAUGUUACGGAAUAUUUACGCUUUCCUUAUCGCUUAACGUUUGCUACCAUUAAGGGAGGAGGGCACACUGCGCCAGAGUAUAAGCCUCGAGAAUCGCUUGCCAUGAUUGACAGGUGGCUCGGAUUGAGCUCGUUAUAGUAUCACCUUAAAUAUAACGUACUUCGUAACUUUUUCGUUUGUUCGUUUGACGAAUGACAUUAUCAAGUACUGAUAGUUUUGUGCCUGGGCAUUAUUGUUGAAUGAGUUUGUCUCCAAUGUCAAAUAUAAAUACGUAUUAUUGAUAUAAAUCGAUUAUAUUCUUUAAA